GGGGAAACGGGCAAAACUUUCUCCGCGUUCAGAAAGCGGGGAAGUUCCAAGCGGAGCGACACCCGUGUCCGCGCGUCUCCAAGUGCGCAGAGAAUCAACCGUAUUCAUAGACCAGGGCAGGUCGUCUCUAACCUUCCAAGAACGAUGUCCAGUUGAGAAGAGGGCCUAAAUCCGCCUGUCCUAUAACUGGAAGGAAGAUGUCAGCUACGAAUAAUUUUCUCUCUCUUUGUAUAUUUGCGAUAACCUUUUGGAAUUUCACCCACUCAACGGCAGAAAGUGGACUUGUAGCAAACUACUCAAGGAGUUCCCUGUUUACUGUCCCCAAACAUCUGCCAACACAAACCACAGUUCUGGAUCUAUCCAGUAACAGUAUAUCGAAAUUGGAAAGCUCUGAUUUUCGUUCCCUUCCCAACUUGCAAGUGCUAAUUCUGACUCAUAAUUCUAUCACAGAAAUUGAUUUGGGGAUUUUCCAGCACAAUGACGUCUUGGAGCACCUUGAUGCAUCUCACAACACGCUAAGGAAUGUUUCUGGUUUUCCUACUAAAAGCCUCAAGCAUGUAGAUCUCGCUUACAAUGACUUUCCCGCCAUGCCGCUCUUCACCGAGUUCACCAAAACAACAAAGCUGAACUAUUUUGGAAUUAGUGCUAGAAAACUUUCGAGUGUCGAAGCUCUUGUGCAUUUACAAGUGGACACGCUAUUUCUGGGCUUAGAAGAUCUUGAUGGAUAUAAGGCAGGAAGUCUUCUGGUGUUCAAUGCAAAGACAGUUCGGAUUGUGCUCCCUCAAAACGCCAACGUUCGCAUCCUCUCGGAUCUGCGGUUCAACGGUACAGAAAGUUUAGAACUUUCUAAGAUCCCAUUGGAGCAAAUGGAAGACUUAAGAACAUUUCUGACACGGCUGGAUGAAAAAAGCACAUUGCUAAAUCUAACAAUAAUCGAUAUGAAAUUGAGUUGGAAAGACCUCCUUGAUGUCUUUAAAGCAGUGGGGAAAUCCAGCAUUAAUCAUUUAAUCGUUUUAUAUCCAACCAUUAUCGAGUUCAAUGAUGAAUCUUUUAAAAAUGCAGAUCCCUCAUUAAAAAGUGUAACCAUCCAAUAUGGACUUUUCGAGACAACAAUAUUUGACCAAAAUAUUGUGUACUCAACUUUUUCAAACUUGAACAUUGACAGCUUGACUAUUUCUGAUUCUGGUAUAUUAUUUAUAUAUUGUCCUGAAACACCCAGUAGAUUUAAGUAUUUAAGUUUUAAAAACAACACAUUGACUGACACCAUAUUUCAAGGUUGCAAAAAUUUAAUUAUGCUACAAACGCUCAUUUUACAAAAGAAUAGACUUGAAGAUCUUACCAAAGUGAGCUUAAUGACAACUAGCAUGACGUCUCUGAAAUCUAUGGAUGUAAGUCAGAAUCGCUUGUACUACAAAGACAGUGAAAUCAAAUGCAACUGGGGCGAACAUAUAAUUAAACUGAAUUUGUCAUCCAACAAGUUAACAGACUCUGUUUUUAGAUGUUUACCGAACAAUAUCCAAAUGUUGGAUUUACAAAGUAAUCAGAUUUCAGCUGUGCCUAAAGACAUCAUUGAACUGACUGCUUUAAAGGAGUUAAAUUUGGCUUCUAAUAGACUCAAUGCUUUUCCAGGAUGCGGCGAUUUUAAAAACCUUCAGGCGCUUAACGUAGAGAAUAAUUUUGUUCUUGACGAGUUUUCUGAAUUCUUCCAGACCUGUCAGAAUAUUCGAAGAUUAAAAGCAGGACGUAAUCCCUUCGGGUGCCACUGUGAAUUAAGGCAGCUCAUUAAUCUUCAAAAAGAAGAAUCGGUGGUGUUAGUUGGUUGGCCUGAUAUUUAUAUGUGUGAAUAUCCCAGCGACUUAAAGGGAACUCUCUUAAAAAAUUUCCGUAUUUCUGAACUUCAGUGCAACGUGGCUCUCUUGAUUACAGUCGUUUUAGCGGUUUCGCUGUUCGUAAUAGCUGUUGUUGCCUUCCUCUGCGUCCGCUUCGACGUCCCCUGGUAUUUCAAGAUGAUCUGUCGGUGGAGCCAGGUAAAACAUCGGAUAUGGAAGAAGAAAUCGGAAGAGAUCCCCGAGAGCAUUCAAUACCACGCAUUUGUCUCCUACAGCGAGCAUGAUGCUAACUGGGUCAAAACCGAACUCAUCCCCAAUCUGGAGAAGGAAGAAGGGUCCUUAAGGAUCUGCCAACACGAGAGGAACUUCAUUCCAGGGAAGAGCGUCGUGGAGAACAUCAUCGACUGCAUCGAGAAAAGUUACAAGUCCAUCUUCGUGCUAUCUCCCAAUUUCGUGCAGAGCGAAUGGUGCCAUUACGAGCUGUAUUUUGCUCAUCACAAGUUGUUCAGUGAAAACGCCGACGGCUUAAUUCUGAUUUUGUUGGAGUCCAUACCGGCCUACAUCAUUCCCGCCAGGUACUACAAACUCAAAGCUCUCAUGGCCAAGAGGACCUAUUUGGAAUGGCCAGAAGACAAGAGGAAGCAUCCAUUUUUCUGGAAUAAUCUUAGAGCAGCUCUUCAGAUUAAACUGCCCAAUCCUGAAGAAAUGAAAGAGCUUUAGGAACUGCGUGGAGGAAGAGGAAUCUGAUGUAAUAUCGACAAGAGCUGAUGACUGUGGUUUUUAUGUUUCCCAGUAUUUCGCCCUCUUUAAUGGGAGUGACAUCUCCCAGUCUGAAACUGGUACACAAUCUGGACUCAUAGUUCCCUCCCGAAGAGCAAGUGACAUCCAUGUCCAAAAGAACCUCUGCAGAAAUAUAUCUUAUCUAUUUUCCUAGAUAGUUCCUAGGUUGGGAAACACUGCUCAUGGUCAUCCACGAGCAGUAUUAGUAUUAGAAGGAUUAAUACUGCUUUAUAUGCCUCCGGUUUUGGUUACCGUAUCAUAAAAAAGAUGUUGAGACCAGGGGUGAAAUGCUCCCGGUUCGGACCAGAUCACCCAAUCCGGUAGCGAUGGAGGCAGGUAGUUCAGAGAACCAGUAGCAAAAAUCCCUGCCCGCCCCCCAUGCCCAGCUGAGCCGCGCGAUCAUCAGAGGCUUUUUUUCUUUUAAACGCCUCUGACGAUCCAAGCUGAGUUGCCUGAUCGUCAAGCUGAGUUCGACGAUCCAAGCUGACGAUCCAAGACGAUGCCUGACGAUCCAAGCUGAGUUGCCUGAUCGUCAGAAGCAUUUAAAAGAAAAAAAAAAAAGGCUCUGACGAUCAGGCAACUCAGCUGGGAUCGUCAGAGCCUUUUGAAAGUAUUUUUUUACAACCUUUUUGCUGAAGAGGUUGUAAAGAAAAUGAUUUUAAAAGUUAAAAAAAAAAAUUGGCCACGCCCACCAAGUCACAUUACCCCACCACCACCAAGCCACGCCCACAGAACCAGUAGUAACAAAUUUUAGAUUUCACCACUGGUUGAGACUCUAGAAAGAGUACAGAGAAGAGUGACAAAGAAAAUUAAAGGCCUGGAGACUAAAACAUAUAUAAAGAAUGGUUGCAGGAACUGGGUAUGAGUAGCAGUGGUGGGAUUCAAUUUUUUUUUAUUACUGGUUCUGUGGGCGUGGCUUGGUGGGCAUGGCAAGGCUUGGUGGGCAUGGCAGGGGAAGGAUACUGUAAAAUCUCCAUUCCCAUCCCACUCCAGGGGAAGGAUACUGCAAAAUCUUCAUUCCCUCCCCACUCCAGGGGAAGGAUACUGCAAAAUCCCCAUUCCCUUCCCACUCCAGGGGGAAGGAUAUUGCAAAAUCUCCCUUCCCAUCCUACUCCAGGGGACGGAUACUGCAAAAUCUCCAUUCCCACUCCACUCCAGGGGGAAGGAUAUUGCAAAAUCUCCAUUCCCACCCCACUGCAGGGGGAAGGAUACUGUAAAAUCUCCAUUCCCACCCUACUCCAGUGGAAAGAUACUGUAAAAUUUCUAUUCCCACCCCACUCCAGUGGAAAGAUACUGUAAAAUCUCCAUUCCCACCCCACUCCAGUGGAAAGAUACUGCAAAAACCCCAUUCCCUCCCCACCCCAAGGAGAAGGAUACUGUAAAAUCUCCAUUCCCUCCCCACUGCUGGGGAAGGUUACUGCACAAUCCCCAUUCCCUCCCAAUCAGCUGGGACUUGGGAGGCAGAGAAUAGAUGGGGCGGGGACAGUCAGAGGUGGUAUUUACUGGUUCUCCGGACUACUCAAAAUUUCUGCUACCGGUUCUCCAGAACUGGUCAGAACCUGCUGAAACCCACCUCUGUUGGGAAGUCUAGAGAAAAGAAGGACUAGGGGUGACAUGAUAGCAAUAUUCCAGUAUUUGAGGGGCUGCUGCAAAGAAGAGGGGGAUUUCAACUGCUUGCAUUUGGGUUUUGUGAAGAAAACAAUGCUGUAAGUAAAUAUCUUUUUGUUUUUUUAAAAAAUGGGGUUUUUAUUAGGUGUAAUUUUGCUGACUUUUCUACUUCCUAGUUUUUCUGUUGUGCUUGAUUUUUGCUAGAAGUCAUCUUGGAUUUGUUUAAAAAUUAUCUAGGUGUUCUACAAUUUUUUUAAAAAAAAUCAUGAAAAAAAAUCUCUUCAGUUGCUCUUUCUCUGUAGAUAUCAACUGAAUUAUAUCGAUCUUCUUGCAACCUAUAAACAUCUCAUCCAAAGUAAAUCCAGGUUAAUUUCAUGGGAUUUAGUCCAAGAAAAAUGACAAUCAGAUUGUAAUCAAAAAACAUUUUCGCGCAAUUGUCCCCUCUGACCGCCAUGACAAAGUGAUCAUUUCUGAAAUAAUCUUUUGCUUGGAUUGUAAAACAGAGCAGGUGAUUGAUUGUAGUGUGUGGCAACUGUGUAGUGUAGCGUGUAGUGCUCUUAUGUCUGUUUUGAUCUACUUUUAAGCCCUCGCUGAUGUAAACAGAUCUGGACAUGAGUCAUUGUGCAAUCCCAUCUCACCGAGGUAUCUUCUGGAUUAAAAAGGAAAUUGCCCCUCAAAAAGAAAAAGGAUGGAGGGAAAAAAUCAAGUUGUAUCAUCUCCAACUUCUCUUUAAUACACCUUACAAGGCCAACAGAAUUAGGAUUUGCGAAGGCUAAUUCCAACCAAUGUGAUAAUAUUCAUGGGUUGUCUCAAAGCCAGAUGUUUUGACUGGAUUUGGCAUUUUUAGCCACUGAUCGAGUCUUUCCCAAGGUUUUGGGAUAGGCAGAUGUUGACUGAUGGCGUUAAAGGUAGCGUUGGUGGUUUUGUCAAUGCUGAUUGUCAUGGAGUUGCGCAGCACCUGUCAGAGACAAACCUGUAGACAGACAGACAGACAGACACACACACACAUAUAUAUAUAUACAGAUACACACACACACAUACACACACACACACAGAGAUAUAUUAGUAAAGAAAGG